AUGUACAUCUUUUACGUUCUUUACAUCGGUGAGUACUGUUACGAGAACGUCUGGCUGUUAUUUUCUAACCAAAACCAAAGAGAAAUUCGUUACGCCGAUGACCCAACUUGUUCACGCAAUCCGAACAAUCCAAACAAUUCGAAGAAAACUCCGGAGAAAAGUAGUAACAUCGCGCAGAAAGCUGCACAGGAAGCUAAGGCUGCUUCGGAAGCGCAGAAUAUCGCUGGUCAGCAAGCCGCUCGUCAAGUAAAGACACAACUCGCUGAAAAAGCGGUACAGGCUGCAAAAGCAGCGGAGGAAGCGCUCACAGGCAAGAAAGUCGUAGUGGAUCAGUUACAAGAAGAAGUGAGAGAAGCGCAAUCGGUUGUUCAAGAGGAAUCCUCAUCCUUGGAACAGGAACAGGCUAAUGUUAACGCAGCUUUACAAGCAGCGCGUCAGUCGCAAGAUCAGUUAAAGACGCUGACGCACGCAGUACAAACGGCUAAGGCGAACGCGGCCAAUGCCCAGGCUGCUGCGAAUGGAGCUCAAAAAACUUUACGAGACAAGGAAGAAUUGGUGGACGCGGCGAAACGACGGGUCGAGGAACUGUCGAAUCAGCUGAGAGCCGCUAAACAGGAACUCGCCAACACGAAUCGAGCAGCUGCUAAAGCAAAUGCCGCCGCUAACGAGGCGAAAGCCAACGCCAGUAGGAACAAAAGGCGACUGGAAAACAUUCGCAGGAUGAGGAUCAUGAAAAGGUAACUGAAGGCGUCUUCUUCCUAGGCACGAUACUGGUCUCCAGAUAUUGCGCGAUUUACGUUUAAUUCUAGCUCGUAAUAAGAAAUCCUAAACUACUAUCGCGUCCGUAUAUACAGAGAAAAUAUUCGAAAGUACAGCACUUAUAUAGGGUGUAUCAUAAGAGUCGCCGGAGGGUCCUUUACGCGAGGAGAGGUAACCCGCACUCUCGCUCCUACUCGCCGCCACUCUCGAUGCGAUCGUAAAGUAAGCUCGCGUCACGUCACACACAUACAAAUAACAUUAUAUCGCUAUAUGGCAGUGACAGUGGCAAUCUCGAUCGUAAUUCGGCAAUAGACAGGAGGCACGAAAACGAU